AUGGCUAAAAAGGCUGAGGAAUACCGGCGUCGCUGCAUUGCUGAAAACAGAUUCCAUCCUUUUAUCUCAAAGCAUUUUGAAGAGAUAAGCAUUAACAUUGAAAAGAUGGAGCUUGAAAUUCCAGCAAUAAUCAGGGCUGACGAAAUAAUUAUAUCGGGGCUUAUUGUGGAAGGUGAAGCGAUGCUACGAGACGCAGAGAAAUACGCUCCUAUAUUUGCUAAAUGUUCUGACACCAAAGGCGAAUUAUCCAUUUUUGCCAUCAAUGAUGUUUUGCUUAGUGACGUCGACUUUGAAGAUCUGGAGUGCGAUCUAAAUUCGUUACUUGGUCAUGGAUCAUUUGCGGAUGUUUUCCAAGGAAAAAUGAUUUCAGAAGACAAAGGAUCAUUAAACGUGGCUGUGAAAUUUGGAAGAGACAAUUGUAUGAAAAUAGCUGAUGUUGGUCUUUCGAAGAAUAUAACAGAAGUGACAGGGACGAUAGCUGGAACACCCUUGUACAUGGCCCCAGAAAUAUUUGCAGCGGAGAUUUGUGAUGCCAGUGCUGAUAUUUACAGUUUCGGGCUGAUCUUGUGGGAGAUGUGGUAUGGUGAGGUAGUUUACAGUGAGUGUCACAAUAUUCCUUUGAAGAAAUUUAGCGAGAAGAUUUCCGACAACUACCGACCUAAAAUUAAGACGGAAGCAGGUACUGUGACAAUUCCAGAGUACAUAUCACUCAUAAAGAAUUGUUGGCCAACGGAGCAACUUGAGCGUUUACCUGCUGACCAGUGUGUAGUUAAAUUGGAUGCCAUCUUAGUUCGUCAUACGACGUAG